AGCCAGGAUGCUGAGAGGAGCGAGAACCCCCUCCAACAUCAGCGGCACCCCAAAGAGCGGCAGGACGAACACCCGCCUCAACGCCAGCACCCCCAGAGGCCAAGAGCGGCGGCGGCAGCGGCGGCGACGGCGGCGGCGGCGGCGGCGGCGGAAGCGGCGGCGGCGGCGGCUGCGGCGGAGUCGGCGACGACGACAGUGGAGGCAGAGACACCGGGGAAGGGGGACGCGGCAAGGACGGGCCGGGGGUACCACCAGAGUCAGCAGACUCCUCAACGGGGACAACCGACGGGAGGGGAGUGAUGUGAGAGACACCAAAUUGGGCAAGACGAGGCGGGAGAGGAGCAGGGGCUACUGGGGGAGAGGGAGCAAGGAACAGGGGCGGGGCAACCGGGAGACCUCG